UCGCGUGCGUGCACGCGCGCGCGCGCGCGCGCGCGUACGCCGUCAGUUUCAUUCGUUCCCCGAUCCAUGCCAGCACCUGCGAUGACUCGUUCGUUCACUCGCGUCAUCUCUGACCUAUCUUACUGAGUCGUCACGGAUCGUGUGGUCGUGAACAGGAGCGCACAUGGCAUUGCGCGAUUUCCGUUUGGACAGUACCGAGGUCGAGGAGUGAACGAGUGCGCGCGUGAGACAGCGGCUUCGCGACAUAGAGAGGAGGUGCGUCCAGAGAUCCGCGCGCUGCGGAUGCAAUGGCGCCGAAAAAUAAAGAAAAUAGCGGCAACAAGCGGAAGAAGCAGAUGGAAGACGAGGGCGACGAGGACUAUCGAAAGCGAAGGGAUCGAAACAAUCAGUCGUUAUUUUCAUAUUCCACAGGCUGUAAAGCGAUCUAGGGUAAAGAGCAAAUUACGCACGCUACAUACCUUAGAGCGAGUUAAUCAGCUGAAGGUAGAGAAUGAAUUACUGGAGGAGAAGAUCAAAAUGCUUACCAAGGAGUUAGGCUUCCUCAAAGACCUGUUUGUGGCACAUUCAGGUUCCAAUCAACAUUCUAUGAAUAUUCAAGAUAUAGAUCUAAAUGCUCUGCUAGAGGACAAACCUGACGAGGAACCAACGAAAACGAUCACAAAGUCAUAGACGAGCACAAGCGCCACGUUAAGCAAUCAACGUGGGUAUUGAUAGACCUGAGGAGAUACUCUUGUUCGUUUAACCGAAACAACAAAUGGACAUCUUGGAAAGAUGUCCGUUUUUAAUUCUUUAUACAAAAGUCGAGACACGAGAUGCAGUUUCCUGAACACAAGAGAGCUUUCAGAGUUGCAACAUUGUUGGUGAGAAUUAGAUUAUCAGAUAAAUUUAUAUUUUCAAUGACGAGCGACGGGAGCAAGAAGAUGAAACGCAGCAAAGCCAUCCAGAUUAGCAAUAAUAUAGAAUCAAGUGCAAAGGAUAAGUAGUAUCGGAUAAAUUUUAAUUGUUGACAUUUAUUAAAGUACUUGUUUUAAGGAAGAUAUUUAUAUAUAUGUAAACGUUAAAUAUGAAAUUAUGAUUUGGAUGCAAUCAAGAUAAAAUUUUUAUAUUGUUUUUCGACAUGUAAUCUGUACAUAAAUUAUUGUUGCAUGCAUGUGCAUGCACACACACACACACACACACACACACACACACACACACACACAUUCUUUGCAUUUUGAAAAAAAGAGUUCUUCAAUGUGGAUUGUCGGCUAUAUUUUGAUUGAUUGAAUCAAGAGUAAAGGGCACACAUACAUAUUUCUACGAUCUAAUAUUGAUUUAUCAAUAGAACAUAAUACACUGUUGCGUGUAAAUAUACUCGUCUGUAGUAAGAUAGAGGCAUAAAUAUAAUUUUAAGAUAUAUGCAACAACAAGCUUUAUAUCGAUAUAAUUGUAUUGUAAAUGACACAAAAGAUAUGUAAACACUAUUUUGAAGUUUGAAAUAAAGAACGCAUACGAAUGACA